GGAGAAACGUGGUCUGAGGGUUUCUCCGUAUCAGGAUGGGGUGUGCUGGGAGGGGUUACUGCCGCAGUGGGACUGUGCAGGUGACAUUAGCUGCCCCUGCGUGUCCCUCCAGCACAUUCCGAGGUCGUUCCGGUUGGAUGCGGUGACUCACGCUCCGGAGGGGGCUGAAUGGGAGUGAGCAGAGUUGCCUCACCAUGAAGACGGGCGUGUUUACGGGAGCACCUGGUAGGUGGGGUUAGGAGAUUCCUUCUCAGGCGUGACGCCGGGCCACACACACACACACACACACACACACACACACACACACGCUCUGAUUCUUGGGGCCCAAGCAAGGCCCCUCGAAGAAUCUGGGAAGAAAAUCGGGCUUGUCUGAUCACAGCUGGUCGGUGAUACUCCGCUUCUGACCUUUCUCUUCACUCCGGGGACUGUUUUAAGUUUUCCGAUGUCUGGCAGGCUGGCGAACAGGGAUGAAGGCAAAACAGCAGAAGCUGUUCAGAGGGAAAACCCAGACAGAACCUUUGACUUGGUGCUGAACGUGAGAUGCCACGCCUCUGAAGACGAAGAUCCGGUGGUUUUGUGGAAAUUCCCAGAGGACUUUGGAGACCAGGAAGCACUGCAGAGUGUGCCGAAGUUCUGCUUCCCCUUCGACGUCGAAAGAGUGUCUCAGAAUCAGGUCGGACAACACUUCACCUUCGUGCUGACGGACAUCGACGGCAAGCAGAGGUUCGGGUUCUGCAGGCUCACCUCCGGGGGCAGGACCUGCUUGUGCAUCCUCAGUUACCUGCCAUGGUUUGAAGUGUAUUACAAACUUCUGAACACUCUGGCAGAUUACUUGGCUAAGGAACAGGAAAAUGACUUGAAUGUAACUCUCAGAGCGCUCUAUGACCACCCCGUGCCAAAAGCAAACAGCCCCGUCAAUCUGAGUGUGAACCAAGAGAUAUUUAUUGCCAGUGAGCGGGCUCGGAGAGAUCAGCCCUCCUUGGCUCCGCACUCCUGCUUCAUCGCCCCUGACCUCACCGGACUCCCCACCAUUCCCGAGAGUAGGAACCUCACGGAGUACUUCGUGGCCGUGGACGCAAACAAUAUGCUGCAGCUGUACGCCAGCAUGCUGCACGAGCGCCGCAUCGUCGUCACCUGCAGCAAGCUAAGCACGCUGACCGCCUGCCUGCACGGAUCGGCCGCCCUGCUCUUCCCCAUGUUCUGGCAGCACAUCUACAUCCCCGUGCUGCCACCGCACCUGCUGGACUACUGCUGCGCUCCAAUGCCCUACCUGAUCGGAAUCCACUCCAGCCUCAUAGAGAGAGUGAAAAAUAAAUCACUGGAGGAUGUGGUUAUGUUAAAUGUUGACACAAACACUUUAGAAUCACCAUUUAAUGACUUGAUCAACCUCCCGAGUGACGUGGUCUCGGCCCUCAAACACAAGCUGAAGAAGCAGUCCACGGCGACAGGGGACGGUGUGGCCCGGGCCUUCCUCCGGGCACAGGCUGCUCUGUUCGGGUCCUACCGGGACGCGCUGAGAUACAAACCCGGCGAGCCCGUGACUUUCUGCGAGGACAGCUUCGUGAAGCACCGCUCGGGGCCCAUGAAGCAGUUCCUGGAGACCGCGGUCAACCUCCAGCUGUUCAAGCAGUUCAUCGACGGCCGGCUGGCAAAGCUGAACUCCGGAAGGGGCUUCUCCGACGUCUUCGAGGAAGAGAUCACGUCCGGCGGCUUCUGUGGCGGGAGCCCGAGGUCCUACCAGCAGUGGGUGCACACGGUCAAGAAAGGCGGCGCCCUGUUCAACUCAGCGAUGACCAGAGCCACUCCCGCCGUCCGGACGGCGUAUAAAUUCGCGAAAAGCCAGGCGAAGCAGGGCAUCCGGGAGGUGAAGAGCAAGCUGAAGCACAAGGAAAGCGAGGACGGCUCCGGGACCGGCUCCGGCAGCAUGCAGCACACGCCGGUGUACAUCCCACAUGGCGGCGAGAAGGCAGCGCACCCGGAGAAGCGCAGGCUCACCCAGACACGCGUGCGGAGGCCCCGGAAGAGCCUCGACGGCCCCGUGUUUGACGACGCGGACGCAGAUGCAGACUCAGACCGCACCAGCAAGCUGUCGUCCGAGGACGGCGAGGAAGCGCCCGCGGACUUCUACGAGAGCGACGACUCGGCGGAGACGGGCGUGCGCACGGCCUGCUCGGGGGAGAUGGACCUGCUGGGGGAGAUCCUGGACACGCUGAGCACGCACAGCUCCGACCAGGGGAAGCUGGCGGCCGCCAGGAGCCUGGACUUCUUCCGGUCCAUGGACAACCUCGACUACAAGGCCGCGAACAAACCCAGCAUCCCGAGCGAGAACAGCCUGGCCCUGCUCGACGGGGCGUCCGGGGACCAGACCCAGUGGCACCUGGGGCAGGACGACAGCGCCCUGCGCGGCAGACACCUGCCUCCAUCCCCGAGGAAGCACGUCUCCUCCGGUGGCGCCAGAGAGUCGCUGCUCUUCCUGGCGGAGGACAGCAGGCACGGGCCGCCCCCCGAGGCCCCCGAGGGCUGUCGCGUGGCGGCAGGACCGGUGGUGCCCACUGCAGAACCGGACUCCCGGCGGGCUCCUCCCACCACAUCGCCCACCGGGGAGGGGGAAGCGGAAGACACGGAAACACUACGCCGGAGCUCAGAGGACCUGCAGGUGCCCGGCCUCGGGCGACGCCCGUCCAGGUCCGUCCCUUGGGAGAAGGAAGGGAGCGAGGCCGAGGAGCCCGCGGAGGGCGCCGGACUGCGCCGUGAAGUCGUGCCUUUGAGCCGCACGAACUCCCCCUUCCGACAGGACUUGACCUGCUCGGAGGAGAACUCAAGUGGGAACCAAGCUUAAGGCGGCGGUGAAGAGUCCGCCCCUUGCAUCCAAGCUCCUCGGGGGACGCGCUAGGGUUCCCUGUAGUAGGUACAGCGAACAGUUAUUUGUGGGGACGACAACCCUGGCUGCCGUCCAACACCUCUCUUCCCCGGGAGCGAACGCAGGGAUCUCGCGGGCACAUACAGUGCCCACUGGUGUUUUAAGUGUGAGCCAGUUCCACUGUGCUCUUAAGUCGGGUACCGGGUGUGUGCGGACAGUGUCUGUCGGACGCAGGGUUGCGCAGUAUUGGUGCUGAAUGCCGUUCAUUUCAUUUCAACCGAGUGUGCGUCUGCCGCGGCCCGCCGCACGACCAGUCAGUCGCCCCAGACCGGUCCGGUUGAGCGCAAACUGGUCGAGAUCUCAAAACUGGACAGAGCUCCCCUUGAAAUGCUGAAACUCUUGACCCACUAACUGCCUUAAUCUUAUGCCUCUACUAAGCAAACUUAAGUAAUUUAUGGAGCUACUCGUGGACUCUCAAGGACCGGUGACCGUGUCCUGCAGGGCGGCGAUGCCGUUCCCAGCCGCUGGAUCAGGGACAGAGUUCGUUUCGCUGCUCCGUGAGGACGCUCUUGUGGGGCUGCCGCCCUGCGUUCCGGAAGCCCCCGCCUUCCCUCGGUGACCUGCGUGGUGACCGCGGGACGUUAAGGACGCCGGGUGCAGGGGGCUCGCGCCGUUUCCCCGCUCUCGCUGGAGCCCGCCCCCAGGAAGCCCAAGGCCACAUAAACUGCCCCGAUUUGCAACGAGAACAAAACAGAACGAAAACCCUGCGAGUCCUUUUCCCUCAACUGAUAAUGAUCCAAGUUGCUUGUGUCAUCUCAGAGUCACUUUGAAAGCGGUUGCCUCUGUAUUUCGGGAGCUGCCGACUCACAGGAAGGCUGUGAGGAAAGCUCGGACAGUCCCCGCGCGCCCCGCCCUGCCCACGCCGUCCCCGGGCCGAGUCUCACGUCCGCGGGAGUCAGUACUGAUGGUCCACGCUGCUUUCACGUUUCCUCAGUUUCCCCCUACCGUGCCGUCCGUUUGCUGUUCCAGGAUCCCGUCCGGGAGCCCCCAGACUCCUGGGUGUCCCGUCUGCCUUGACCCCCCGCCCCCUCGGCUGUGACCGUCGCUCGGACUUGCCUUGCUCGUCGGCCUUGGCAGUUGGGAGGGUGCCGGUCAGAGAGGUGGCUGCAGGCCCGUCCGUGGUCACGGGUCUGAUGGUUUUCUCACGGUCGCACUGGGACUGCGGGUCUCAGGAGGAGGGUCCCCCAGGGACAGUGAGUGUCACUCUCAUCACGUCCCCCGAAGGGCACGACCCAUCCACGCAAUGCGUGACUGUGGAUGUCGACCUUGAUCCCUGGCUGAGGUCAUGCUGGCAGGUUCCUCCGUCACAAAGUUCCUGUGCACCCCCCCCCCCAGCCCUGCACACUGUGGCCUCGAAGGAAGUUGUGGCGUGUCCUCUUCUCCAGGACGGAGGGUCCGCGUCACUCGCUUGCAGUUCGGCGAGGGACAUUUGUCCCUUCGCCCUCAGAUUCACCGUCAGGUUUGGGAAUUCGUGGGAAUUAACUGGGAAUCGUGAGUCAGUGGUGUCGGGAGAGGCCAGAUUGGCAAAGAACAAAACCCCAGUGAGGUUCUGGCUGGAGGGUACCAGCGCGCUCACUCCGAUGCUCCGCGCGUCCCAGCCGUGACUGUUUUUAACUGUCACUUUAGAGAAGGCGUUCCAGACCCCACGCGAGCGAGCGAGGGCCCAUCGGGACUGGCCUGUGACGUGCUCACUGAAGGAAGUUCGUUACCUCUCGGUUAGAAAAGUCUCAGAAGGGGCUCUGUUGGAAACAGUGCUUAAAAAUAUUUAUUCAGGCCCAUCUCAAAACACCUUAAAGAAAAUGACAUGGUUUUUCUGUUUUAACCUACAUCCCAAAUUCUAAAAGGAUACGUUUUAUUUAGGACAAUUAUUCAUUCGUUUUUACAAAGGAAGACACGUCUUGCUUUCUGUGUAAGCAUGAACUUUCUGUAUGUGAAGGAGAAACGUGUGAGACUUUUUUUUUUUCACAGCACAGAAGAAAGACCGAAGGUCCCGGGCAGAUUUUGUUUUUGUGUGCCCGUGACAGAAUCCCAUCUGGAAGGACAUAACGGGAAAGUCCCUUUGUCAGAAGCGCUGUUUCCGACGGGGAGGGGCUGGGGGUGGUGUGGGUGCUGCUCCGCCGGCACACGCUCCCACCAUGGCAAGGCCGAGCGCUCCGAGCCUGUUGGGUGGAGGGAGAGGGCGGUGAGCCAGGCCGGGUCCCACCUGGAACCCACAAAAGGUCCCUUUUCUGCGAGGCUCCUGUGACCUGUCACCGCCAGAUCGAAGGUUCCCCAGUUCCCCUGCCGCUGGGAUGUUCUUCCCGAAGACAUCGCCCCUGUUCUGUCGCAGACUCGUGUGAAGGAGCCACACCUUUGGCUCUGGCACGUGGCGGCCUUCCCGCGGCCCUGGGCUGCCCCCGAGGCCCACCCUGGCGUCCACCCUUCACCCUCCGGGGUCCCGCCCCGGGCAUUUCAGGCGGACGGAAGGGGAGCGGGUGGUUUGAGGGGCUGUUGCUGUGUAGAGGGAAAGUUCUGUUGCGUAGUGUACCCCAAAGUUUACCUCCCCCGGCGUGGUGUAGAGAGGUGCCCAACCAUAGCGUGGCUACUCUUCUGGUUAAAAGGCAGUGACUCAUUUAUUUAUUGGCUCCUUGUGCUGGUCACAGGCCAGGCACGGUCACCGGGGACGUGGGAAAUGAAGUAACUGACGUGUUCCCGCUGCGAAGGAGCCCGUGAAGAGGAGAAGGAAUUGCAAAUAUCAAUAAUAGUGAUGAUGAUAAUAAUAAUAAUAUAAUAAUAAUAAUAGAUCCUGCUUAGACGUUAUUAACCCAAGAUUCUACUACCAAAUCAGUCUUUUGAAGCUGCUUUAUCUAAAACGAGCUCUAAGUUCAGAACCACAGUGCCAUUUCCAAGCUCGUUAACUCCCUGUAUGAUUACUAUAUGAAGCAUCUGUGAUAAUGCUGCUAUCUAAGAAACUGGCUUGUCAAGGGGCAGACUCAGAGACAGACACCACGAGUCCUGUUUUGGGCGUCUCCGCCUGCACUUCCGUGCCGCCCCCAAACCAGGCCGCGCGGGGCUGGGAGCUGGGCUGGGGCAGAGCCCCUCUGGGACCCCCCGCCCCCGCCCCCUCCCUCGUGUGAAGCUACCAGGGGCUCCGGGACAGCAGCCCGGGAUCUGCUGCCUUUGUCUGGCUAACAGCGUCCUCCAAGGCCGGCCCCCUCCCUUCGGAAGGAGAACUGGAUGGGACGGUGCCGUCAUUUCGUGCGGAGGCCCCGAUGAGAGGACCCAGGAUGCUGAGAGGGAGCGUUUCUCAAUGAGGUGGAGGAGCAGACAGGAGAACACUGUGAAUCUUCCCAACAUGGGCAGAGCAUCUUCCCCCUUCUCUAGAAGAGCUGGAUUUUCAGGAAAACUAUUUUCAUGAAUAAAUUCCCCGACGCAAAUUCCAUUUUUGUUUAGCGUAUGAGACUGGGGUUCUGGGCUGAUACUUGGGAGCCCCAGUAUACGUUGAGGAACGUCAAACGGAUACCCAAGUCCGGCUUCUCCAAGACGCCUCACAGCGCCGGGCCGGUUCUCCCAGGCGCCGUCCGGACUUGCAGACCUUCCCGCCCGUCCCGCCCCGUCCAGCCCGGUCGCGUCUCGGUGUCUGUUCCUUCAGGUGUCUUUCAGGGGCAGAAUGGUCUGCACCAAACCAGUUCGAGUUUUGGUUUGGUCAAGAUAGGGAGUUAUGCAUAUUUAGACAGAAGCAUAUUUUAUUUGGAAAAUAAUAGGAAUCUGUGCAAUAUUUUUUCCCGCGUAAUGUAGUUCGGACGGAGACGCACAUCUGCUUCUCCAGCAGACGCCUUAAGGUCAUCACGCUUCUCAGUGUUUGCGUUGAACUGUAUGUAGCAGCGUUCUAGGUGAUUUUAGAGAGAAAAACAGUCUUUGUAUUGUCGGCAGGAGAAAUGUUUUUGUUUAUUUAAAAUGAUUACGGAGACUGCAUUGUAACUAACUGCCUCAGCAACAAUAAAUAUGCAAUAAGAAAAUCCUGAACCUUAGACUAGUGUUAACAAUAUUGUUACUUUAGGGGAAAUGUAUGUAUAUAGGGCAGCAAGCUGGUUCUGUGUAACUAACCCCAAGUCUCACCAAGGUCAGGUGCGCGCCACAGACCGGAAUAGCCUUUGGGAUGAAUCUUUGGUAGGAUCGACACAGGGCAUUGCCAACACCCUCGACCCUCUGUAAAGGAAGUUAGCUUUUGUAUAAUGUACAGUUUGUUUAACCUCAUGGCUUCUGUAGCUCUCUACCGUUACGAUACUUGAAGCAGGCAGAAAAGCACUGUGGGAAAGUCGGUAGCUCUGGAUGCAAUAUGCAAACAUACCAAAAAAAAGAAAAAAUAGAACAAGGUACUGAGCUGUAAUGAUCACUGGAUGCUUUAUAACCGGAAAGCUAGGUGUUUUGUUUUGUUUUUUCAAACCAGUGUUCAGUCAAGUGAAGGAACUUCGAACUGUGCGAUCGUGUGUCGUCUGUAGAAUCACAAAUGAUUACCUCUUUGCUGUGAGAAACCUCGGAGGUUCUUCGUCUCUGUGCCGUUUGGGCUCUCGAUGAGGACAUCCGUUCCUGUCCCUCGGCAGGGGACAUCGAGGGGCCUGAACAGACCCCCCGCCGGUGGGCGGCAGGGUGCAGCGUGGGAGCUCGGCGCGUGCGCGAAGUCAGCCUCCCGCGGGGCGGGGCCCCAGCUCCUCUCGUGGCCCCGAGAGCUGUGGGACGAGCAGGUGCCGGGCGCGGGGCUUCCCGAAUCUGCUGGGACCAGUGCCCUGAGCAACGCCUAGGACGGCAGAGACGCGAAACGUGUGUGAAACCCACCGCUUGAAAUGCCUCAAUCUUUUACAUGAAAGGUACGGGAGAGUUCCGCGUGGGCCUUCCCCAAAGUUCGCCCCUUUGGCUGUAAAGGGGCACCUGUGUGAAAGGUCCGAGCCUUCCCCUCGGCUCGGAGACGGGUGUCUGCCAAGCCCUCGCCGGCGCUGAGACCGGCUCCCUGGGCGCCUGCGUCCCCGAGUUUUCGGCAGAAUCACUGCUGCGGCUGAGCGCUGCUGGGAGAACACUGUGGACGCCGGAUUGCCUGGGGGGCUUCCUUUAAAAUAUGCAAAAGUCCCGUGAAGUGCCCAACAACGCAGUUGUGAAAUAAAGUUGGUUGUGAUCGA